AUGCUGAGCUUAGCCAACAGUAUGUUUUUGGUGGUCUUCAUCAUUGAAUUAGUUCUGGGUUUCUGCUGUAAUAGUUUCAUUGGACUGCUGAGUUUCAUCAACUGGGUCAAGAGCAAGAGGAUGACUUUAUUUGAUUUCAUUAUUACCAGUCUAUCCCUUUCCAGAUUAUGCUUGCUUUGGGUAAUUAUAUUUGAUAUUUUAAAACUCAUCUAUCCCAAUUUUUCUGAGGCUAUGACAACAGAUGAAAUUAUUGAUAUCAUCUGGCUAUUUAUUAACCAUUUAAGCAUUUGGUUGACCACCUGCCUCAGUGUCUACUAUUGCCUUAAGAUUGCCAAUUUCUCCCACUCUGUCUUCCUCUGGCUCAAGUGGAGGGUUUCCUAUGUAGUUAUCUGGAUUCUGCUGGGCUCUGUGUUUUUCUCUUUUUUCAGCAUUUCAUCACCAAUCAAAGAUUUAAGUGUUUCUUUUAGCAGCACACAAAUCACACUCAUAACAAACUGCACUGAAAACACUAUAAAGAAAAGAAGUUAUUCACUCAGAUUAAUCUUUAGUGCCCUCUGGAUGGUCAUCCCCCUUGUUGUAAUUAUAUGUUCAUCUCUCCUGCUCAUUCUUUCCCUGAGGAGACACAUCCAGCAGAUGAAGAACAACAUCACUGGCUCCAGAGACUCAAGCACUGAAGCGCAUUUAAGAGCCACCAGAACCAUUCUCUCUUCCCUCUUUCUCUUUACAGUCUAUUUUGUUGCCUUUUUUAUACUUAUGUUAAGUGAUCUCCUGCCAGAUGACAAUUUGGCAUUGAUGACUGGGGAGAUGAUUACAGCUGCCUAUCCUUCCAUACACUCAUUUAUCCUCAUUUUGGGCAACAACAAGCUAAAACUGACAUUCCUGAGGAUGCUAACAAUAAUGCCUGAGAGAACUAGGUGA